AUGGAUCCCGAGGCGAGCGGCGCCAGCGAGCUGUCGGCGUCUGGGCGUGGCGGCGUGGGGCGGCCAGUCACGCUGCGCGUGGAGUACGUGGCCAAUCUGGAGGCUGCCCUGCUCAGCUGGGCGGUGUUUGGGCUGACCAUCAUCAUGUUUGCCACCAUUGUGGCAGCCUGCGUCAUCAAGUGGAUGGUGGCGGAAGACCCCGUGCUGUUCUACAGCAACGCAUGGUACAUUGCUCACCUGGGGGUGGCUGGGGUGGUGCUGGCGGCGCUGCUGGCCCUUGCCGCCUUGUUUGGCCGCAACCUCUGGCUCACCAAGCGCGACCACAGAGUGGUGUGCUCGGCGUCUUGGCUGGCUUCCUACGCCACGGUUGUCGGCGUGGAGUGCUACUGGUUUGGGGAUGGCAUUGCUUGGCUGGCGGCGCUGCGAAUUACACUGAUAAACUCGCAGUACUUGUGGAUGCUGGUCAUGGCGCAUGGCAUUACCCGCUACCGAGGAGGCGGGGAGCUGGUGAUGGACGCACCGCUGAGCCAGCAGCUGCGCCUGCAUCUGCCCAAGCUGCUGCUCUGGCUGCUGAUGGAGGGAUGCGUCGUGGUGAAGGUUCAAGACUGGCUGAGCACCGCCAGGGAUGCCCGCAACAGCAGCGAGCUGAGGUGCGACCAAGUGGACUAUGAGUGCAACCCCGACAACCUGGGAGUCGCCACCGCUGCGCUGAUGCUGGUCUUCACAGUCUGCUACGCCCUCGCCUACCUGGCGUACCUGCGUCGCGCGUUUGGCGACCACUCCCAGCUGCCCUUCUGCCACUACCGCCUCUCCAACAUGUACAUCCGCAUCAUGUGCCGCCACGGCCCCACCUCCUUCUUCACCGUCAUCAUCUCUAUGGUGGCCCUGGCCCUGCUGGUCAGUGUGCAGGCCAUCCUGCUGAUGCCCAAGCGCCCCGGCAGCAGAGACGUGCUGAUGGCCUGGCUCCAGGAGCUGAGCUGGACGCAGGCCGGCCUGGAGGCUGCCAUAGAGCGGCGCGACUACCGCCUGCGCCGCGCCCAGUUUGCGCUCUCCACCGAACUCUUUGCCCGCUCGCGGCUGGUGCGACACGCGCAGCGCAGCGUGGGGCAUCACCCUUUCCUAGCGGCGCUAGGGCUGGCCGAGCCCUCGAAGCACGCCGCCGAUGGCGGGCCCGCCAGCAAGGGGGAGCAGCAGGAGGCGGAGGCGCACAUUCCCGAUCAGCGGGAGCAGCAGAGGCGGCCGCAGGAGCCCAUGUUCUGCCUGGAGCGGGCGGUGCGGCUGUGGAGCUGGGCGCAGUAUGCGUACCGCCAUUGGUGGGUCGACGGCGGCAUGGAUCGCGACUGGCUCAUGGGCCUGUUCGGGUUCACAGACUUCGAUGCCUACCGAGAGCCCAAGUUUGACACGCGCUCGGUGCUGGCCUGGAGGGACGGCUGCCUCCUGCUCUCCUUCCGCGGCACCGCCAGCAAGGCCAACGCCGUCACCGAUAUCAAGGCGUGGAUGGUCACGCUGCGGCCCAAGCGCCACCACCACGGCCUGCCAGUCAGGGUGCAUGCAGGCGAGCCGGGCAGCAGGCGGCAGGCGGCACUGUACCGACAGCUACCUGUCGCUGGCUUCUUCCAGGCGUACCAGGCCAACGAGGCGGUGAACCAGGUGCUGGGUAGGAUUGCCGGCAUAGUGGGCGGCUUCAGCCCCGGCGCCGGCCUCAGGGUGUAUGUCACAGGGCACAGCCUGGGAGGCGCGCUGGCGGUGCUUGCGGCGCAGGACCUGGCCCGAACCUACCCGCAGGCCGACAUCACCUGCUGCACCUUUGGGGCGCCCAAGGUGGGCAACCGAGCGUUUGCCGGCGAGUUCCGCAAGCUGGUGCCAGACAGCUGGGCAGUGGUGAACGACCAAGACCCCGUGGCACGAGUGCCCGCCACCGGCUUCCGCGCCUGCGGGCUGAGGGUGCUGAUCAACGCGCGGGGCGACAUCCUGGUCCGCCCCUCCUUCUUUGAGCGCUCCGUCAUCAGCAGGUCUGGCGGCAACCCGGCUCACCACCGCAUGAGCCGCUACGCGCUGUCCAUCGCCCAAUUCAGCGCCAGCAAGGCGCUGCCUGGCGGCGCGGCGGGCGCCGAGGCGCUGGCGCAGACUCUGGACCUGGGCAAGACGCUGCUGCUGUCGCGCAUGGACCUUGCCUCGCUGCGGGCCGCCGACCUGCAGCCAGAGUGGACCGGCGCGGCGGGGCUGAAGAGCCAGGCACGCGGCGCACGCAGCGGCCGCCUGCGCUGCCUGCGCUGCGUGUCGGCAGUCGCCCCUGCAGAGAAGCAGGGGUGCGGCUUCGCGUGGUGCGCCAUCUGCGACGCGUGCGACGAGAUUGGCGGCGGCGCAGCGGCUGUGAGUUUGGAGAUGGAGGCAGAGGAGGGGCAGGCCAUGACGGGCCGCCCCGCUGACUACGUGCUCGAUGUGGCGCCCAGCAAGCGCCACCUGUCGGCCGGGGAGGAGGAGGAGGGGGGCGGCGGGGAUCCACCAGCCGGGCACGCAGCGCAGCAGGCCGGCACCGCUGCUCCGCCGCCGACCCAGGCCAUGUCGAAGGCCAGCUGA